UAAGCUGUUGAGCAGAAGCUAACCAGAGAUGUACUAAUAUGUGUACUGUCUACAAUUGUACUAGCAGGUGACAAACAAAGCGGGUCACGGAGUGUUGAUCACACUGUGUUGAUCACACUAUCUAGUACCACGGACAUCGCGAGAAAUCAUCGCUACGUGCAGGUAGCUUGAAGUCUCUUGUUCAACUCAAACGAUAGUUGGAGGUUACUUCUUUGACCAUAUGGACGAGUGAACAAGUUUGCAGACGUUUCGAACCGAGACACGAAUGGCUACAUCACAGUCACAGCCGUGGCUGUACAUCGUGAUAUUAAUCUACCUCAAUUGUUGGUGUGCGCGAGCGAGCGCCGCGCAACAGGACGUGAAAUGGGAUGCCUGUCCAUUGACCAGUGCUCGCACGUGGCAAGUCGAUUGGACCUUUCGUCUUGGAUUUCAAACUUGGACAGAAGCAAAAGCAGAAUGUCAAUCAUAUGGCGGAUCACUAGCGACUGUGCACACAAUGGCACAGGUGACGUGUGCAAACUUGACAGUAAAGGGAACUAACGCUGUUUGGGUAGGCUUGACUGGUACAUGGACAGCUGGAGAUUGGAGUGCUUGGAAAUGGGAAGUGGCAUCGUCCACCCAUACGACGAGACUUCCCUGGUCAUCCCAGUAUAUACUUCCGUUUAAAAAUUCUAAUUAUACUCACGGAUAUUUGGAUCCAAACAAGGGCUUAGUGAACUGGAUAAACAACUUUCAAGUUAGGUGCCUCUGUCAACGAUAUGUGCCUAAAGAUAACUGGUACGUUUGCUCACAGAGCCAAGAAGCAUCGGGAAGCCUCGAAACACUUUACAUUCCCACACCUAAGACAUACAAUGAUGCGUCUGCUGAGUGUGCCCGGAGAGGUAGCAUUCUGGCAAAUAUCCAGACUAGAUAUCAUGGAGAGUGUGCAAGAGACCUGCUUGGACCCCGAAACGGUCAGUGCAACAGUUCUUCCAGUGAUAACUGCACGACUUCCUCGUACUUCUGCAAAACCAAUACAUGCAAUGUGUGGGUUGCUCUUCAACGAACAUCUGGAUCCAAAACCUGGACGUGGACGCUACCAGUUCCACUCGCUGCAAACAAUGUUUCUUGGAUUACUGCACCAUUACAAGGAGGAGGUGGACAAAACGAAUGCGGGUAUUAUUCUCCAGAGAAGGAGACCUUUGGAUUCGAAUCUUGCUCAAUGAAGCUAAGUUCCUAUUGCCAAAGAUAUACACCACACGCGCCCUCAGGCGUAGCUGUCAACUCAACGGACACUGGAAUAUAUGCACGCAUAUUGCAGCCACAGAUACUACGAGAUUGGGUACCAGAAUUCUGCUUUGUGUACGACAAAAAUGACACUGUGGCUAAACCAACUGUAGUUUGUAACAAUAACGAGUCAAUCGUGUUGUCCGGCCUGGAAACCAAUACUAUGUACAGGGUCAGAGCAUUCUUCAAAACUACGAUCGGACACAAUAGUAGCAUGUCCCCUGUAGUCAGCAUUGGAACAGUGCCUAAAGCGCCAACAUCGCCUGACAAUUACGUCCUCUCAAGUACUACCAUCACUGUUUUUAUAGGCCGAACAGAAGGCAACAACCUUCCCAUACUCCAGUAUUGUGUGUACGGAAGGCCUGCAAAUGAUAUGUCAGGGAAUAUGACAACGAUACCAGUGUGCAACGCGUCUGAAAAUGUUACCUUGAUUGGCCUGGCUCCAGGCAUGACCUAUAAUGUCACCACCUAUGUAAGCAAUGCCUAUGGAGACAGUGCUCAAUCGACCUCCACUCGCAUCACCACGUUGCAUCAAGCACCAACAACUGAUCAAGUCGACGCAACCAGUGGCUACCAAGCUAGCGCAAGCGGCUCCAAAUCUGCAGCGAUAAUUGCGGGAGGGUCUGGCGCAGGACUGCUGGUGCUGGCUGUGACGGUUUUCCUGCUAUGGAAAUUAAAGUUGACACCCGCGAAACCUGAUCCUGUGCUGACUACCUGCCAACUGGACGUAAGAACUCAAUCUGUUCCCCAUGAUGAUGAACUUGAUUUGGUUCAGAACACGUGCACUAGUAUGGAAACCAAUGAAGCGUACGAGAGCUGGAUCCUGGCUAGGAAUGAUGCAUAUGGCUGUGUGAAUUUGCGCGAGAAUGAUGUUCUUCGUGCCGGAUGCGGAGCUGGGCGUGCAGAGGAAGGGGGACCGGCCACAGAAGAAGAGCAUACUUAUCUCAGCAUCCAAUAACGCCAAAUGUUUUUCACAGCUCAGGAAUGUUUAAUUUUGACCGAAUGAUACAUAUCCUCAACGAAAUGCAAAUGAUACAGUAGCAUUUAGCUCUGUUGUUGAGCCAACAGUAAUAUGUAAAGAGAAAAAGGACCUUUAAGUUACUAGCUAUGACUAACAGUCCACAAAGGUACAGAGAUAAUAUAAAGCCAGGUGAAGUGUCAGAUCAGUGUCAUGUCGUUAAAUGUCUCAAUAUACUUGUCAGUCUUGUGGUGUGCUGUCUCACUAUCUGAUGUUAUAAUUAUUAACUCCUUACCUUGGUGGACAGUUAAUUAUAACUAGUAACUUAUACAGCCUUUUUUCUCUUUGCACAAAACUGUAUCAUGGUAUACUUUUUCAUGGCAAGCACGCGAAAUGUUGCAGUCUUUCUGAGUUUUUUCUUCAUAUCUCACUGCCUCUAACUCCAGUAGCGCAUGCAUUUAUCACUGAUAUACUCUCAAAUAUUCAUUGCAGCUCUUGUGUCCUGAUGUCACGCAUCAGUAUGGAUAUCAUUUGUAACUUUCACAAGUAAGUUCAGUGCUAAACCGUUCGGAGCGAGGUUUUUGAAGUAAUUUGCUAUACAUGUAUGUUGACGGUGAUUCGUAACCGAAUCUCAAUAUCUUUAUCACCGGAAGAAUUACCAUUGACAUUAUAUAUCCCACCUGUGCAUUUAAUCCCUGUCAGUAAAUCCAUUGCAUAGCAGCAAAUUGCAGCUCGUUCGUUAUAAACUUGCAGCAGGUGUAUAUUUUUUGCUUAUUUUUAUGAUUCAAAAGUCGCUAGAAUUUUAUUCACACUUUGUUUCUUUUUGGUAGCACUUCUCUCUAAAUUUCGUAUGCAUAAUCAGUAUAUCCGUUCACUGUGGUUAUGGAUUGUUUUAUAAACAUGUGCAUAACAGUA